GGUAGCUGACAGUGUGCAUGGAACUUUCCCUCUGACCAGGAUUGAGGAAGAAGCAGCCCGUUUUUGAAGCCCAGCUAUUUUGCUGAUUUUUUAUCCAUGUUCUUUUUUCAUUAGCCCAGAAAGGUUUCCCUCUUUUUCUUGGAAUUGAAGUCAUUUCUGUCAAAAUACCACUUUGUGUGUGCACGUGGAACAUCAGCCUCCUUUGAGAAGAUCACCUACUCAAGAUCACCUUGGAGGAGACCAGAAGCUUCAAGUGACAGCCGUCCAGAGACAUUGCAAGAGUUGAGUGUGACCCCAUGGCUUCUCCUGUAAAUGCAAUGAAAAACAUGACAUGCAAUACCACCAUUGAUGAAUUUCGGAGUCAGGUGUAUCCCGUGACGUACUCCAUUAUAUCUAUCUUGGGAUUUGUGGGAAAUAGCUUUGUGUUGUGUGUCCUCAUCAGGACGUAUCAGGAGAAGACAGCUUUUCAGAUAUACAUGUUCAAUCUUGCAAUUGCAGAUCUUCUGUUUGUAUGUACUCUGCCCCUGCGAGUGGUCUAUUACGCCUAUAAAGGGAACUGGUUCUUCGGUGAUUUUUUAUGCCGGAUCAGCUCCUAUGCCAUGUACGUCAACUUGUACUGUAGCAUCCUAUUCAUGACAGCUAUGAGUUUUUUCCGUUGCAUUGCCAUUGUUUUCCCCAUCUGGAAUAUCCAAUUUACCUCACAGAAGAGAGCCAUCAUGGUAUGCAUUGGCAUUUGGUUCUUCGUAACACUGACCACUUUGCCAUUUUUGCAGCAAGGUUCCCACGUAUCUCAUGAAAAUAUAACCAAAUGCUUUGAACCACCGAGGAAGGGGGACAUAAGCAAGCUGGUGAUUCUCCAUUACAUUUCAUUAUUUGUUGGUUUUAUCUUUCCCUUUAUUACCAUCACCAUCUGCUACACCAUGAUUCUAAAUAAGCUCCUGAAGAACUCCAUGCAUAAGAAAGCAGCAGCUCGUAAAAAAGCCAUCUGGAUGAUCCUAAUCGUGACCAUAGUGUUCCUCCUCAGCUUCACCCCGUAUCAUAUCCAACGCACUGUCCACCUCCAUUUUUGGAUGAGAGGGGACGUACCCUGCGAGAAGAGUCUCUACAUGCAGAAAUCUGUGGUGAUAACCUACUCCCUUGCAGCAUUCAAUUGUUGCUUCAAUCCGCUUCUCUAUUACUUUUCUGGAGGUAACUUUCGCAGGAGACUUUCCACAUUCCAAAAGGCUUCUACUUCCAGUCUGCAUCACAGGAAGAUGUCCUCAAAGAUGGAGGAAGCAGUUAAAUGAAACACAAUGGAACACGUGGACUUCUAAGGGCUUCUUCAUCUGUCUCUUGACAAAAACACACAGUUUGGAAGUGACAGAAAGACUGAAGGUCUAGCACCUUGUAGAACUGAAACUAACAUGGGUUGGCAUGAGCAAUGCUCUUGCCGUUAUACCAACACCCCCCCAAACAGAUGCCAAUCUGAAAUGCAGAUGAUCUCACCUGGAUAUCUGUGCAUCGGUGGUUUAACUAGUUCAUCAACAUGGUGCCCAGGGAAGCCACGAUGUAUAUUGACAUUCCCUUGGCAAUACCAGAUUCCCUGCUCCAUCUGACUUCUUAUAUUUUAAAAAUGUUGUCCUUACAAGGCAUCAUCUGUAUUUCCAAACAUGCCUCUGGGCCCCAAAGAUAAGAUAUUUUAGGACAUAAAAAUGAUGGUGAGUUGCAAUCCCAUGCUUUGUUUGGAAGUGUGCCCACUUGCUCAAAAAAAGGGCUGUGAUAAGUACGGGUGAUAAGGCAGGAGAAGGAACUAAAGAAAUUGCAGAUAGAUUUGAAACUGACGUCUUGUAACUGGUUAUGUCCCCUAGUCGCUCUUUGGCAAAUAGACAGUUUUCCCCACCAGCAGACAUUUUGCAAGACCACCACAUCAGAUUCUCAAGAUACCAAAAGGAUCCACGAACCCCCCUAAACCUUGGGGACCUCUAUGAUAAACCAUAUAAGGUGAUUUCAUAUUAGCGCUUUUCUUUUCCUUUUUUGAAGCCCAAGGUUCUUUGUGCUUGAACACAUCUCUGCAUGCCAAGCUGACCAGAGACAAGCCUUGUCAGUCUUUCUGCCCAAACAUUAAAGAGCAAGUUAGAUAUCUACUGUGAUAUUAGGGGUGCCUACCCUGCUAUGAUAUUGCCAGUUCCAAUAGCACCUGACUAUUCCCUGGUCAAGCAUAGUAGGG